CUUAGUUUCGCUUUUCCUCCUCUUCCCGUGAAGAGUGUCGAGCUCAUGAAAGUUGUCGAGAAAAGAGAAAUCAGCGUGAAAUACAUGCAAGAUGGCAGAAGCGGGCAGGAUUGUCCGGGUGAGCGGGCUGCCCACGGAGCUGGAAGAUGACAGGCUGAAAGACAAGUUACUCAUUCACUUUCUCAGAGCCAGGAAUGGAGGAGGGGAAAUAGACCAUGUCACGAUUGUGAAACCAACGCCAUUAUCUGCUCUCAUUACCUUUGAGGACAGUGCAGUGGCACAGAGAAUUGUUCAACGAUCUCGGCACAUUCUGGAAAUAGAUGGGAAGAAGUACRAACUCGAUGCUUCAGAGAGCCCAGGAAGCUUGGACCCAGACCAGGUUGUCUUAAGCUUAACAGCAACGGUUGACUACAGCAGACUUCCUGGGGGAAUCAACGUACUAAAAAACCUUCGUAAAAGUCAUCAGGAUGUCCAGAUAAAGUCCAUUGCUACUGAGAUGUGUUGCACACUGGUUGGCUCGUACUAUAAAGUGCAGGCUGCUUUGGCCGAACUACUUGGUCCCGGAUUCUCAGAAAGCAAAGACUCAGGUCCAAAUGCCUCCAGCAGGACUUGGUCAUUUCAGACAUCACAGAAACCUCAAGUGUCAGAAGAUCAGAGCAGAGAACCAACCAGGCAAGAGGAACACAGAGAAGUCAAAGAUGACACUGAUGUUUCAGCAAAGGGGGAGAACGUCACUUCAAACAGAAAUCAUGCACUUGGUGGUGAUGACUGGGAAACUGCCAAUCACUCAGAUAGCGCAGCUCGGCGGUCUCCAACUGCUUUCAUAGAGGAGUCCUCUUUGAUUGUGGAUGCAGACGUGUUCCAGUAUCUGGAGAAGCACUGCAAKAAGGAAUACCAGCAAAUCCUCAGUCAGUUUGGUGUUGAGGUGGUGAGCGAAACAAAUCAGGGCCUGACCACUCUGUUUUUGCAGAWUGCUGAUACAACAGCGGUGGAAGAGAGGCAAGAGGGCAUGAAACUAGCUAAACAGGCAAUAAGUCGACUUUACCACGAAAAUGAGGCAAAGAUUUGUCGAGACCAGCUCCCUAAAAAUAUACUUCGCCCCAGAGGAGGACUGCAAAGGGAACUGGAAAACGUAAGUGCAAGAUAUCCAAAACUUCUUCUGAAUGAAGAUGAGCAGAAUAUUUACUUUAUUGGUAGCAACAAGGAUGUAGUGGAUGCCAGAUACUCUCUUCUAAUGGGCCAGGAGGAAGUUAGAAAUAAAAAGGAAGGUGUUGCCAGUCUUCUUAAUUUUCCUUCAUAUAAUUUUGGCACAUCACCUUUUCAUGCUGAUGAGGAGCGACUACCCAAGACUAUGCCGCCUACUGAAGGACAGUUGAAUGAAAGGAUAGAUCGGCUGCAGAUAUCUGAGGAAGAUGAACUAAGAACUGAUGGAGCAAGAAGGUAUAAGCUAGCUGCUCGGUUUAAAGACUCAGGACUUUCCGUUUUAGGCGGCUUUCCCUUCCGUCCAAAUUCAUCACCCAGCAGGCAAGCACACCAGGAACCGAUUCUGGGGCACGAUGWGCUGUCCGGAUCAACAGGGAUUUCUGGUGAAGGAAUUUCUAGAGCAGCAGCCCAAAAUACCGGAGGGGACRUAUUGUUCAAAACCGCACACACAUCUUCUCCCUCUUUAUUCUCACCGAUUAAAACCUCUUUAACUACAGAUAUGAUAGAUACCCGACCAAAAAACUUAGCAGCUCCGUUUGCUUCAAUUCCUUACAGCCUUCCAAAAAGCAGUGCACUUCCACCUUCAGAGUCUGGAUCCUCUUUAAAGCGAGCCAGUAGUUUCUCAGGGACACCUCAACAGAAAGCUCAAAUCUUGGGCCAGAAGAGCCAAGACGAUUCCAGCAAACCUACAGUCGGAGUCCGCGAGCGGUCUUCCAGCUUUAGUAGCCAGACAGUGAGGAAUAAACAAGAAGCCCAUCAUGAAGAGAUCUCAGUUUCCAAGAUUAUGUGGCAAUACAUAAAGGAGGCCUACAGCACCCGGGUGGAGGAUCUCACGUCUGAUCUCCAGAUGAAAGAGAACUCCUCUGAGGGCAAUCAGAAUUUGACUGUUAUCUUAAGAGGGGCUGAUUCGUCCAAAGUGAAAUUAUGUCGGGAACGUCUACAGAAGCUUGUUGACUUAGUCAGUGGUGACUUCUCAGUUCAGGAGCUGCGCUUGUCGGAGUUGGGGGUUUCUAGUACCAAAGAUGAAACCUUACAGGCUUGUUGCUCUGAAGUGCGCAGCCGCUUCAAGAAGGUUGUCAUCCACACGAUGAAGGAAAACUUGUAUCUCGUUGGUCCWGAAGAGCUGUGCUCCCAGGUUGCUGCUACGCUGAGGGAGGUAUUUUCUAAAGAACCUGAACAGCACGACUUCUCCGACCAAUUUUUACCAUUGAAUGCAACCCAAAGAAGAAAACGAGYCCCAGACAGUACGUAUCAGGUGCUGUCCACCCAAGCUGGCAUCAUUGAUGGGAACAGUGAGAGUCAUAAAUGGAAAACAACCUAUGGUAGAGACUUUGGUGAGAAGGGGCUUGUGAAUGGAUCAAAUAGCCAAUCAUUACCGAAGAAAGAGAAARUCUCCAAGGAAAAACAGGAUGGAAACACAGUUGAAAAGAAUCCUUUGAAUGGUGAGAAAGAGAGAACAUUACAGGCUAACCAGCAGGAUUCUACAGAGCAUACACCUGCAGAGACCCAGAGCACCUCAGAGAAGUCCAGGUCAGGUCUGGACGAGCAGACCUGUUUUUGUGGGAAGGACAAGACAACAUUGGUGAGGACCAAGUGUGGAGUCACAUUGUGCCCAGAGUGCCUGGAGAAGUUGCACUCCUACUGCAAAGUCUGCAAUGAGGAGGUAGAGCAGACACCUCAAGGCAUCUGUGGUGAAAUGAAGAAAUCCAAACUGAGCAUGAGUUUACCAGGUCAACACAAGGGCGGCGUUAUCAAGAUCACUUACCGCAUUCCUAAUGGUAUCCAAGGGGAGGGUCAUCCAUCACCUGGAAAACCAUUUAAGGGGGCGGCAUUCGAAGCCUACCUCCCAGACAAUGAAAAUGCGAGGAAGCUGCUUCCCCGGCUGGAAAAAGCCUUCAGGGGGGGCCUCACCUUCACUGUGACAGGCAAAGGGACAGAGGCCAAGGUCGUCUGGGGCUGCAUCCCACACAAAACCAGCUUAUAUGGAGGCAAAUCUGAGAAAGGGUACCCAGACUCCACCUACUUGACACGUCUGUCCAGCAUCUUGACUUCCUAUGGGAUUGCGUAGCCAUCAGCAAGGUCCAAAUUGAAAAAUUACUGAGAAGAAACUUUUACACAUACGUUUUAAAUAUAAUUUCAACUGUAUUAGUCACUUGCCUUAUUGUAUUAGGUUGUAAAAUGUCCGUCAUUCCUUAUUUAUCUAUGAAUGUAAAUAACAGAAUUGAGAAUGGAAAUAAUAUGUAUAUAUUUUUAGAUUUUUUUUUAACUAAUGGCUUUUCUUUUAAGAAUGUGCUUGAAUCUCUGAAUGUUUAAUGUCCCGAUGCCACAGUUUGGAUCAUUUUAUACAGCAUUUCUGAACUUUUCUUUUUUUACCAUUUCAACUAAUUCAGUUUUUAUACAAGUGUAUUUCUAUGGUAUGAUGUGCACCUCACUAUAAAGAUAGGCACUUUGGAGCAUUCUGUAUGGGUUUAACCACAAUCCAUCUAGCUAUUUGCAAAAUACUGGAGGGUAUAAAUAUAAAUAAAAAGAGCACAUUUCCUGACUUUUUUUAUGCGUUUUUUAUUAGUCCUGGAAAACAUGUAAGGCAUAUGGUAACAUUACACACUGAAGCGUUACAAGCUCUAAAGGCCAUGUGGACAGCAUGGCACCACGCRGUAAACCCAGAGUCAAGCACAGAAGCAGCAUCAGUUCAAAGGGUUUAAAAAACAAAGACGGGACGAGGAGUGUGUGUUUUUCUGUUUUGCUUUUCUCUUUUUAACCCAAAAAAAAAAAACAUCAGCGCGAAGGGAAUGUGGAAGUCACCUGUUGGGUAUCCGCUGUAGAAAUCGACCAGAGCUAACAAGAGGAGGGUUGUGAAGUGAGUUUUUGCGAAGCGUUCCCAGAGAUAGGUUAAGAUGCCACACGGCUUUACCAGCUGGCCUUGGCAACGCCUGUGCUGAAGGUGAGAGCAGGGACUCUGCGGUGGACUGGCACUCUCCUCCUUCACACCACAAUGCUAUGGAAAACUGGUGAGAAGCUACACACAUGUGCUUUAUUUUCUGGUUGACUAAACAUGCAUUCUAAUACUGUACAUGAAAAGCCCUGGCAGAUUGUGCUUUUUUUUUGUUUUUAGCAUCUCUGCAAUGCAUUACUCUUAAGAGAGACUGCAAAGAACUUAAGAGCUGCAGGCAGAUGUUUGAGUGAAUAUGAGCCACUGACUGAUCCUUCUUUCACAUCGGAUGAGGUUGYGAAGGAAAAUCAUGCAGUCGGAGUUUGUGUCAUGAACAUCGUGRAACGGCUGUGUGUGUGUGUAUUAGUGGUGAGGAAAACUGCAGUUUGGAAUGACCUGAGAAACCAUGUAAAAUGAAAUAAAAAAAUAAAAUAAAAAAUCACCUCAAAGCUUGACACCGACGUUUCUGUGAGGAAGCUUAGAGAGAAAGAUGAGGAUUUGAAAUACUGACCUCAACUCUCGUCUUCAGGCCCUAAUUUAUGGGUGCUAAUUGGUGCCACCCCAUCUAGGAAAAUGACCACGCGUUGCCCAUUUUUACAUUAUAAUGCUUUUUCUUCUCCCCAACUGUACGUCUCUGGGUUGCUCUUGCAUAAGUGUCUGGAAUGACUGGGAAACCUCUUCAAGAUGACAUACAAUCCGGCUUCACCAAAGUGGAAGAGCUUCCAGACGACAGACCAAAGUAGGAAGGGGAUGGGCCUGCUUUUAACCAAAAGAUCCACUUGAGCUCAAACUCCAGACAUGAAGCACCGCCUCACUGAUUAAGAUCAUCUCAAAGRCAUUGGCUCCAUUGAACCAUAGGGGAAAUGCUGGAAGAAAAAAAAAAAAAAAACUAAUCUGUUUUCCACAUGCAGAUGGAUGCAUGCAAUAUCAAAUUCCAGAUGUCAAAAUGAUGUUUUAUUCUCUGUGAAAGCGAGUGCAGAGGGAAAGGGGUUUAUACCGGGAGGACUGUUGGCUGGCUGCUAAACUGCCGCACGGGCCAAGAAGCUCUGCAGAUGCAGCGCAGGAAGAGAGAAAUGACUUACAAACCUUCAGYRAACGGAGAGAGCGCGGCUGUAAAGCGGAGAUGUUGCAUCUGGGGSAGGCCAGGGCUGAUCAGCCAAUAAGCUGGGGCCUUGUUGGGCUGUUUUACAGUAUCUGCAUCACUGCACAGCUGUGCGAGAACAUCUGUUUUCCUCACUUUGCUAUACGGACCAUUUGCAAACACGCUGGCAGAAACAUAUGCACAGAAGAAUGCGGCGAAGCUUUGGAUUGUGAGGAAAUCUAGUGAGGUUUUGAGUCCYAAUCUCUCCUUCCUUUUAGUUGAAGGAUGAUCAGAUUUUUGUAGAGGUAACCUUUUUUGAAUGGAGAGAAAACAGAGGCAGACCUUAGUCUGAGCAACCAAUUAAAACCCACAAACUGUUUAGGAAAAAAAAAGUCCCAUUAUUCCCUGAUAUAUGAAACUGCUGCAUAUCUGCAUUUUUUCCCCUCUUCUGGGUUGAUGGAAAUGCAUCCCAAGGCAGGUUCUUUUUUAAAUAUAUUUUUAUGCACUGUUAAUAUUCAAAGCAUUGACAGAGGAAUAUACAUACAAUUUGGCACACAUGGUUUGGACCAACAGAAAAAAAAAACAAAAAAAAAACUUUAUCACAUUUAAAAGGAGUGCAGGUUAGCAGGUCCCCACAGAGUACUGUAUGAGCUUUGAACUUUAAACCCUUGGAUAACAAAAAAAAAAACAACAAAAAAAUAUAAAGGUAAAUCAAAAUAACAUAGUAAGUAAAACAUUUUUCUUUCUUUCUUUUUUUUUUCUUUUUUAACUGAAGCAAUUGUUUCUCACAUGGCACUCGGAACAGAAGCACCGUCCACAGGUUCACAAAGGGAGCCCAGCAGAUUAGAACAGAACACUAACCAGAGGCUGACAGAGCACAAUCACUCCCCACACCAGUAUGGCGGUCGCACUCCAGUCCAUCUCACCCGGCUCCGCGUUUUGUUUCCCACAGCCGAGAAAGAGCGAAUGCAUUUGAAAAGUUGGAGCGCAUGAGUGGAACCUCUGCACAAGUGAAUGCGUUUGUGCCACCUGUUCUGGAAGGAUGAGAAACAGGCUGCAAAUCUGGAGCAACAACAACAAAAAAGAAAGAUGAAAACUCAAAGCCAGGCUGAGACUGGAGUGCCACCGCCAUGCUUGCAAGUGCAUUAAGAUCAGCGAGCAGAGUGCAAAAUACUAAUACCAACUGUCCUCAUAACACAGGCCUCUUAUCAGACAGGAGGGAGAGAUGGAGGAGGGUCAAUGUGAAGCUACGUCGUUCUGUAGCGGAGUAGUGUGAGGUGGGAAWGUGGCAGGGAGGGCGAGUGAUUUUAAAACCUGACAAACGACCUGAGGACACACACACGUCUUCACACACAAUGGCACACCACACACAGCACAUGAGGGAGGCCACUCAUGCCAACACAAAAACUUUUUUUUUUCCCCAUUUCUUUUUUUGGAAACAUUUUUUUUUUGUUUGUUUUUUACAAAGUCACUAGUCACCAUCUGAGUUUGAACACUGAAGCCGGACUCAGAGGCAGGCAGGCAGGCAGGUAGUCAGGAAGGUGUCAUGUUUAAAGAUGAUGACACUGAGAUGAAAUGUUCAGUGUCCAAGAGCGGGGCAGCAGUGUACUAGCGAGCAAACRGCCACUGACGCACACUGUUAGCAUUAGAAACUGAACAGUGACUUUACACAAGCAWUAGCACUGUGUAGCACAGCUAGUAGUUACAGGUAGAAAGAAAAGAUGCAUUUUAUCACAUGAUUUAUCAUCUCUACCCUUUWGGCAGACACAGUGUCAUGUAGAAGUGUUUCUCUUCUAUUUUUUUCCUUUUUGGUACACUUAGAUGUUUCACAUCAUUAAACACAUCCUAAUAUCAGGCGAAGACGGCCUGAUUAAAUACAUAAAGCACUUUUUAAAUACUGAAUUAUUAGGAAUAAAAGGUAUCCAAAUCAACCUGACUGCAUGUAAAGAAGUAAUAAUCCAAAAUGCUGAGUUUAGUUUCAGCCAUUCUGUAUUGAUCAAAAUGAGAAAAAUUUGACAACAGGAAUGAAGCACAUCACGCCCCGACCUAAAYGAGUUCACAGCCAUUUCCGAGGCUUUGGGACUUUUACUCACAAACAGAGAAAACAUGGCACAGUCGUAAACCUUCCAAAGAGUGUUGGGUCUAUAAUAGUAAUAUAAUCAAUUUAAUUUAUAAUGCACUUUUCAUUAAUAAAAAUGUCAAAAAUCUCUACUGAGAUGACUCCAUGAGCACAUCACCCAGGAGGUCGCAGAACAUUUAAAGCACUGCAGGCGUGACUCUCCCUAGUUAAGGUCAGUGUUCACGAUUCAGCAAUAAGAGAUUAGGCAAAAAUGGCAUCCAAGGGAGAGUUGACAAAUAAAAGGAAUUAAAAUAGUUCUGCAAAGACGAAUGGAACAAAGUAAAAAAAACAACAACUUCAUUUCCAGUUAUUGCAAAUGCGAGACGGCGGUACUUGUUGCCAAGGGUGGGAUAACCAGUUAUUAGACAUAGGGUUAUUAAAUUUAGCAGACAAUUGCUUCUUCACACAAGGCCAGAUUGAUUUGGAUAGCUUUGUUCCCUUAAUAAAAUCAUCGAUUGAAAACUAGAUGUUGUUAUUCACUCCAAUUAUCUUUGAUUUGCUUGGAUUGUUCAAUGUGGUUAAAGCAAAGGAAAAAUAGAAGAAAACACUUCUUCACACCGCUGUAGUUGUUAAAAUUUCAGUUAUUUUUAGCAUUGGAGUUCUUAAUGUAGAUGUAAUAUUAGCCAUUAAUGGCCACAGUUACAAAUCCAACUAUCAAUGUAACAUGUUAGACUUUAGACAGGGUUGAAAUUAGGCUAGACGAAGGAUAUUAAAUGCUUAAAAAACAGCCUCGCCUGCUGUUUUGAUUCAUUUUACUAAAACAUCUUCAACCUGUUGAAAUACCAGCUGACAGCACCAACUGCUGGCAAAUGCAGAGUCAGAAGAGCAUGAAGAAGGAGACACAGAGAGAGGGAA